AUGCAUAUCUCAAUCCCAAUAAUAGCAAUUUGGCUCGAGUUUUUUCUCGUCAACAGUUCUCCACAACCCCCACAGCCCUCACCACCACCUUCAUACUCUUUUAUACCUAACUCGAAGGGAUUCUUACCAUUCUCUCUAUUUCUUCCUCGCAUCUUCAUCGACCACACUUGCAGCGAAGCGCAGAAGAUCUUAUUGCAGCAAGCCUGGGACGAGGCGCAACUACUCGCAAAAGCACAAACGGGAUUUCUCGAAGGUUACGACUACGGUGCUGUGCAUCAAAUCUAUCUCGGUGACGAGUGGAACGCAUUGGCUACUUCUCACGAGCGGCUGGCAAGAACUAGGUCAACGGCUAUUUUCGCUAACUUCAACCGCCUCAAAAUGCUGUUUGAGGGCCCCGUCUCUACUGAUGAAUUUAUUUAUUGGUACUGUGAGGACUCUGAUACAAAAUGCCGCCCUGGUCAGAUUUCUGGUGUAACUAGCAAUGCCUUCGAGAGUCGGACCAGCGCUUACCAUAACGCGCAUACAACGAUAUGGUGUUCGGAAUUUUUCAACAUCGGGACACUCAAAGAUCAAACUGACUUUUACUUCGAAAGCGAGUCCAAUCAUACGAUUAUAGACAAUUUCGACAUAAACCGUGGGACUAUCAUGCUCCACGAGAUAUGGAAGUAUGAGCAUCUAGUCUGCCACCCGCGUACACACCCAGAAAAGCUUUUUAUUCAGGAGGAUCGUGCGGAUCAGAUUUGGGACCUGGCAAGUCAUGAAGGUACGAAAUCAGCAUAUGUAACUGCUGAUUCGUAUACUAUGGAUGCUCUCGCUGUGUAUCUCCAACAACUAUUUAGCAGUGCAAUUCCAGCUGUACCUAGGUCUCAGGCACCUGGACCUCAGGCUCCUCAAUGA